CAAACAUUUGUGUGAGAAUUUAUUUUUCUGUGCGAAAGAGUUAUUUUUAUUAAAUUUAGCGAUCGAAUAAACUUAAAAAUGACAAAUACGGCCGUAGCUCAACAUCGGCCGCUAGGAUUUAUCGGCUUACAUACAGAGUUUACAAAAGCGCUAAACGAAGCGUUCCAGAAACAAGAUGCACAAAUUCUGCGCGCAUCCUAUGAGUCGUUCGGCGCCAAUACGGAUCAUGAUAAAAAGUCGCCAAUGGACCAAGCCUUUCGUGAAAUGCUACUCUUCCGACUAAGUGAUAACGUGGAACAGGUGGGCGCACUUGUACGUUUGUCAGUUGAGGCGGUGCGUGCAGAAAUAGUUUCGGUAACUAUACCCGUUGUUUUGUUGGGUGACAUUUUCGAUGCGGUCACGUUAGAUAAAUGUGAGCAAAUAUUUAGUUUUGUCGAAGAAAUGGUUGAGGUAUGGAAGGAGGACAUUUUUUUCUCAUCGUGCAAAAAUAACAUCUUGCGAAUGUGCAACGACCUUUUACGUCGUUUAUCGCGUGCCCAGAACACCGUAUUCUGUGGACGCAUUUUGCUGUUUCUAUCCAAAUUUUUCCCCUUUUCUGAGCGUUCGGGGUUGAACAUUGUAUCGGAAUUCAAUUUAGAUAAUGUUACCGAAUAUGGUGUUGACGGUAAAGAUCUGGACGACUGUUUGGAAGAUACCGUGGAAGAUAUUCCCAUUAAAAUCGAUUACAAUCUGUAUUGUAAAUUUUGGUCAUUGCAAGACUUUUUCCGCAAUCCAAACCAGUGCUAUAGCAAAGCACAAUGGAAAAUGUUUCAAGCUCACGCAGGUACCGUACUAGAGGCUUUUGAUAGUUUUAAGUUGGAGGAGCCACGUCUCAGUAGUGCAGCAGAAAAAAGUGACAGUGCUCUUACAGCUGCCGAUUAUCUGGAAAAUAUGAAAAUGGAGCUGGUUGCUGAUAUGGCAGCUGAAGCAGAUGAUCAAAAAUCGAACCAAACAGACCACAUUGUUCGCCAGUCCGAUCACUUUUUCGCAAAGUUUCUAACAAAUCCGAAGUUACUCACUUUACAAUUAUCUGACUCUAAUUUUCGUCGUUCGGUGCUGGUACAGUUUCUGAUACUUUUUCAAUAUCUGCAGUUGACCGUUAAGUUUAAGACUGAAUCGAACACACUUACCACUGCACAAACGGAUUUCAUUAAAGAAACCGAAGGAAAAGUAUACAAAUUACUCGAGGAGACGCCACCAAAUGGUAAACGUUUUGCUCGCACGGUGCAACAUAUGUUGACGCGAGAAGAAAUGUGGAACAACUGGAAAAAUGAUGGUUGUAAAGAGUUCCGCAAACCCGAUGAUGCCGAACCGGAAAAUAGCAUAAACAAAGAUGCGGCAAGUGCCGAUGCUAAACCGCCAGCUCCGAAACGUGCCAAACGCACGCUGGGCGACAGUCUGCGCGAUGCGCAUCGUAGUGGAAAAUUUUUCUUGGGCAAUGAUGUGCUAACACGCCUUUGGAAUUAUUCGCCCGAUAAUCUGCAGGCCUGCAAGAGCGAAGAGCGCAAUUUUCUACCACAAGUUGAAACAUUCCUUGAGAAUCCGCAUGAAAAGAACGAUCCGUCGUUUGAAUGGCGCGCCUUACGUUUACUCGCGCGACAGUCGCCACACUUUUUCACAUUUUUAAACUCACCAUCAUACAAAAUAGCAGACUAUCUAGAGGGUGUACGCCGCCGUUUGGCUAAAGAUCGUAUAGAUAAUGCCAAAGCAGCUAUGAAUGCAAACAGCACAUCUUUAUUGGGUGGCAAUUCAUCAACUGAAUCUCCUAAUGCAACCGAAAACAAUAGUGAUCAAGGGUCUAACAAUCAAGAAACCGAGGGUGAACCAGAUGCGGAUGGCGUUGGCGAAAAUGACGGAGACGGUGAUGGGGACGGAGAUGCCAUGCUCACCGAAGAAGAUGUACAAGGUGACUUAGACAAAGCCGAUGAUGACCGUAAUGCGCACACCAAACCGAUGACAGCAACCGCGGAACAAAUAGAGGAAAUCGCACCGCUCAUUGGUGAUGACUGGAAGAAAUUAGGCAAAAAGUUGGGCUACACCACCGACGAACUACUCUACUUUGAGACUGAGCAUCCCGAUCGCGAUGGUGGCUGCAUUGCUAUGCUAAGCAAUUGGUUUGCAGAUGACGAUGAUGCCAGUCUCGAUAACUGGGCCUACAUGCUCGAGGGUUUGGAAAUAAAUGCGGCGGCCAAAGCAGUAAAGGCGCUUAUUGACCGUCUUACGGCCAAAGAGGACAAAGUGGAGUUACUAUCGGAUUAAGUGUGGAGCAUUGAGGUUAACUUCAGAACUCGGUUUUGAUUUAGUUUAUAUUUUAAUAAUUUUCCAAAAGUCAAGUUUACAAUAAUAAUUUAUCACAUGUACAGGGUGUGUAUGCAUACCGCUGUUUACAUUAACAUUAA